CCUCUCUCCACCCUCCUCCCCCCCCCCCUUUAAACGGAAUACCCUUUUUCAAACGCCCUUUCUCUUUUUUUCUCUUUUUCUUCUUUUCCAUUCUAUUUUUCUGUGUUUGAAUCUAAACAAAUAAAGAAAUCUUGACAAAUAUCAUGUUGAAUCUAGAAGACUUUGUAGAUAUGGAAUGGGUAGAGGAUAAUAAUAACAGUGCUGCUUCUGAAGAAAGCAAUACUAGCGAUAACAGCAGUACGGACAUGAUGUUCAGUAAUGAUUACUUCCUGCUUUCACAACAGCAACAACAGGCUUUGACUUCCACAACAAUGAAUAUGACCGGUGUUGAACAACACCAUCCGGAUCUGAUGAAAUUGGAGGCUCUCCCUUCCACCGAGCAAAUCAAACAAUUGAUUGAGAUAGCCAAGCAACAACUAGCUUUACGUGAACAGCUUCAACAGCUACAACAACAGCAACAGCAGCAAGACCUUUUUCAAAACAUUUCGGCUACAGCAGCAUUAAAGACUGAGGAGGAAUCCCAAACUGCUGCGCCUUCCACUAUUUUUGCACCACCGCCACCUGCUACUGAUAGUAACACUACCACAACGGCUAGUAUACUACCGCCUCCUUUAUCACCUAGCUCUGUCACAUCAACAGAUAUGGUUUUACCGGCGCCUGCAGUAGCACACUAUGAGGGAAAUGAAAUACUAAUGAAAACAGAGGACUCAGCUUCUUCUUCAAUAAAUCAAGACAGUUUGAUGAGUGAAAGUAACACUCAUAACAACGACAGCUGCAGCACAAGUAGUUGUAGUAGCGGCAAUAGACAGAAGGGUUCGCUUUCACAUUUCCCCGAAGAGCCCUUGUCCUUAGAAGCCUAUGCUGAAGCUGAUGGCAUCGAUUUAAAGAAAUUAACACCUAAAGAACGUCGUCAAUUACGCAACAAAAUUUCAGCUCGAAAUUUCAGGGUUAGAAGAAAGGAAUACAUCUCCACUUUGGAAGGUCAAGUAAAUGAUCAUAAAAUGGCUGCAGAAGCACUGAAAGAAAAAUUGAGACAAGUUGAAGAUGAGAACAAGAAACUACGUUUAGAAAUGGAUUCAUUAAAGAAACAAAAUCAACAACUUUUACAGCAACAGCAGCAACAGCAGCAACAGCAACAACAACAGACACAAACACAAACACAAUCAAAGCAAAGCCCUGCUAUUUCAUCACCGCGCAUUACCUCCCCUUUACCCAAGCCCAAUUUGAACAAAGAUAUCAGCAUCCUUGGAACAAAAGCGACAGAUUCUUAUCGCCAACAAGAACAUUGUAUCCUUGUUUCUAAUGCUGUUAUGCCCAACUGGGAUUACAGUACUAUUUUGCAUCAAAAGGUUACUGCUGUUCGAUCAGACGAGCAAAAAGAGCCUCAGAUAUCAGAACAUAUGAAGAAGAUCAUCGGUCAGUUUUUAUUAUCCUUUGUGCAACUUGCAAACACAAUGCCGACAACCAUCACUGCUGCUGCUUCCACCACCAACACCACUACCACUAUUACUUGUGGAACCAAUAAAAAACAACAGGAUAAUAAUGAUGUUAUAACUGAUAAUAACAAACCCCUGAUGCCAGAUGAUCGUGAUUUUACAUCUUCCACAACAAUGAACAAAGAAAAUAAGCAGCAACAACAACUACAGACACAACAUCAAAAGAAAGGGUCCUCCGCAUAUAUAGAAUAUCUUUAUGAUAUCUUGAUACAAUCUUCGCUUAUCAACAGCUCAAAUAAUGACCAAAAAUCGUUCUGGUGGUGGGAUAACAAUACGAGUAACAAUCACCGAAAUCCACGAGCUGCUUAAUCACUUUUACCUGUUUUGCCCCAAAUUUCAUCAUAUUACCCCUACCCCUUUCUUCUUUUUUGCACACACAUACACACACACACACACACACACACACAUAUUACCCCCUACUCCACACAUAAACACACACUAUCUCUACUACUGCUUUGCUUCAACACAUUAUCAUACAUGGUUCAUUCUAUCUAUAUCGUCCCUUUUCUGUUUUAUCUAAUUGAUUUGAUUUUCU